AUGACCAUUACCCAAAUUUCUAUGGGAGGCGACCCAUUUGAUACCAGCGUACUCCUCUGGACUCGCGCUGUUCCCGCCUUAAGCACAGGGGCCCUUCCCGACCAGAGCGUACCUGUCUGCGUCUCGUUCAAAAUCUCCACGUCCAACACACUGAGCCCAGUAAUCGACUCGGGAGAGGCCUUCACAUCCUAUGACGUUGAUUUCACUGUCAAGGUAGAAGCGACAGGUUUGCAACCCGACACAAGAUACUUCUUCCAGUUCUCGGACUGCACUAAUGCCGAAAGCGUCAGUCCAGUUGGAGCAACCAGGACGUUUGCGAGCCCGGAUAGAUAUUUCAAUGCAUAUGGCUUUGCCGCCCAGAAUACCACUGCAGAUGUGUUUGUUCACUUGGGAGACUACAUUUACGAAUCAAUAGGGAGUGGGGGUGCCAUUGGCCGAGCAGUUCUCGGUAGGCAGCUUGCUACGAUCCAUGAUUAUCGACAGCGCUUCCAGCAAUAUCGAACGGAUGACGACCAUGAAGUGGCAAACAACGCAUGGAAAGCCGGGACCUCCAAUUCGAACGACACCGCGGCUGGAUGCUCCUUCUCACCUUCAGGCGCCUGCUUCACCGACAGAAAACUAGCGGCUAUCAGAGCAUAUCACGAGUGGCUCCCCGUUCGGCAGGUUGAUACCCACGACCUACUGCGUAUAUGGAGAAACUUCCAGGUUGGCAAACUGUUGGAUUUGUCCAUUCUUGAUACUCGUCAGUACGAUCGAGAUAUUACGGAUCUAACGUACAAUAGAGGUGAUCACUUCGUUCUUCGAUACACAUGCCAUACGCUGACCCUCUUAUUUGAUAGCACCCCAAUCGCUCCAUCAUGGGAUUCACCCAAGAAAAAUGUCAGGUUCGCCGACACAUUGUCUGAAUCAAAGCGCCGCGAGGCCAUAUGGAGAGUUGUAGGUCAGCAAGUGGUCUUCAGCCAGCUCAACGGUUCGAGUUUCCGCUUCAAUACGGACGCUUGGGAUGGGUACCGUGCCAAUCGAGCCAGAAUCUUGGAUCACCUCUACAACAAUGAAAUCAGUAAUACUGUUAUUUUGGCUGGCGAUAGUCAUGCGAAUUGGGUGUCAGACCUCGCUCGUCCCAACGACACAACGACGUAUAACCCGAUCACCGGAGAUGGCGCCAUAGGCGUUGAAUUUGCUGGAACAGCUGUGACUUCUACUUCCUCAUUUAGAGCUAACAUCGCACCCGCUGCCGCCGAUGUGAUUUCGCGUCAGUUGGUCGAUAUCAAUCCCGACUUGCAAUGGAGUGAAGGGUCGUUCCGUGGCUUCUUCACCCUCACCAUCGACCCUCAAUGGCUCAAUGCGACAUACUAUGCGAUGAGAAAUAUCACUUUCCCCAAUACUGACGGCUUUGCUUCUGCUGAAUUCCCUGUGAAAAAUGGUACAUGA